AUGGAAAUCAGUCCAUCCGAAAUUGCGGAAGAUCCGAACCCGGUAGUAGGACUUUCAGGGGAAGCAACCAUGACUCUCGGUACAAUCAACCACUCAGUUAAAGCCGACAGCAUGAUGAAAACCAUGGAGUUCUUGGUCAUCGAUCGACCUGCGUCGUAUAACGCGAUCAUAGGAACUCCAUGGCUGAAUUCAAUGCAAGCAGUCCCGUCAACGUACCACAUGUGUCUCAAAUUCCCAACCCCUCGCGGAAUCAAAACCAUCUGGGGAGAUCGGCGAUUCUCGCGAUCACGAGUAGCCGAAGCUUUGGAGGGAAAACGCAAACCAACCUGCGAACAUGUUGUCUCGGUAUGCUUAGAUGAAGCAUUCACAGAUCGCUGUGUCGAAAUCGGCGCAAACCUGAGCGAGUCUCUGAAAUUUGAGCUUAUAGCCUGUUUGAAAAAGAACUUGAACACCUUCGCAUGGGCCACAGAGGACAUGCCAGGGAUUGAUAUCAACAUCACAUGUCACGAGCUCAACGUCGACCCGACUGUCAAACCAAUCAAACAAAGAGACGAAAGUUGGGACCCGAGCGCGCUGGCGCAGUCAACGACAAAGUCAAGAAACUUGUCAAAGUCGGAUCCAUAUAGGAAGUUAGGUAUCCUAACCGGCUCGCUAACCCAGUCGUUGUGA